CUUGUCCAUUGAUGUCAUGAUGGUGGACCCAUGAUGCACACAGAGAAUCUUUACCACAUCGAACUUUAAACUUUUGGACCACGGCAUGAAGCUUGUCCCAUUGAGGAGAUGUUUUUGUUUCCCAUGGUUACGCCAUGGCAUUGAUCAGAAGUACAGAGAAGUUUCCACAUGGUCGUCAUUGGCAACAGCCUUCAACACAAAGCGUUCCAGCAGGCUAGGCCUGAGAAUACUAAAGAACAAAGUGGGUUUAUUUGGGAUACCAGAGCUACUGGACCACACAGGCUUUUACAGCCUCAAUCAGAAGGCUCAGAAUGAAGUGGAUUACCUGGUCAAGGAGGCUGUGUCACCAAACAGACAGCGCAAAAUAGUACAAGUGUUUGAUCAGCUGUCUGAUGCCUUGUGCCGUGUAGCAGAUAUGUCUGACUUUGUGCGAACCACUCAUCCAGAGGAGAGCUAUAGGUACGCUGCUGAGGAAGCCUGUGUCAGCCUCUCCAGACUGGUGGAAAAGCUGAACACAAACACUGAGCUGUACACUUCUCUGAAGUCUGUGAUAGAAAAUGGCGACAAGGUUCCUACAGAUGACGUAGACAACAGAGUGACUAAAUUGUUCUUGUUUGACUUUGAACAAAGUGGUAUCCAUCUGGAAGAAAGCAAGGAAGAAUUUGUAACAUUGAAGGAGAACAUCCUGCUGUUGGGUCACUACUUCCAGCAUGGCUCACAGAAACCUUGUUCUGUUCACAAAUCCAAGCUUCCAGAGAAUCUCAGAUCUGUGUUCAGUCAGGAAGGGGAAAACAUCACAGUGACUGGUCUCUUCUCUGAACAUUUUAAUUCUGUCUGUCUGUGUGUUCGAGAAGCUGCUUACCGCAUUUAUCUGUACCCCGAUCCCCACCAGAUAGAGCUGUUAGAUGCAUUACUGCUUGCCCGCCACCAGAUGGCGCAGCUGGUGGGCUACCCAACCUAUGCCCACCGGGAGCUCAAAGGGACAAUGCUGGAAAAUCCAGAUAAUGCUAGACUUUUCCUGGAUAAACUUUCAGAAGCCAUCAGAGAAUCAGCCGACAGAGAUUACGCUGAAAUUUUAGCUGCCAAAUCUUUAGAGGGCAGAGCCAGUGAGGGUUUAAAGCCAUGGGAUCAGCCUUACUACAGUGCACAGAUAAGACAGCACAGGUACAGCAUAGAUGUACAGGAGGUUAUUCCAUACUUGUCUUUAGGCUGUUGUAUGGAAGGUCUCAAUAACAUAUUCCGCAGUUUGUUUGGAGUGUCACUCCAGCCAGUGGAAACAGAACCUGGAGAACUAUGGUCUUUUGAUGUUCACAAGUUGGCAGUGGUCCACGAGAAAGAGGGAGUCCUGGGGUACAUUUACUGUGACUUUUUUGAGAGAGCUGGUAAACCUAACCAGGACUGUCACUUCACCAUACAAGGGGGCAGAGAGCGUGAGGAUGGUAGUUACCAGCUCCCCCUGGUGGUGCUGAUGUUGAACUUUCCCACCCCACAGUCUAGCGUUCCUUCCCUCCUCACACCAGGCAUGCUACACAAUCUCUUCCACGAGUUUGGACAUGCCAUGCACAGCAUGCUGGGACGGACCAAAUAUCAACAUGUUACAGGAACUCGAUGUUCCACGGAUUUUGCAGAAGUGCCUUCUGUACUCAUGGAGUACUUUGCAUCAGAUCCAAGGGUUGUGCUGUCGUUUGCCCGCCAUUAUAAAACUGGUGAUAUGAUCCCGAAAGAUCUUGUGGAUAAUCUGUUCAAUUCCAGGAAGCUGUUUGCUGCUUCGGACACUCAGCUUCAAGUGUUUUAUGCUGUGCUGGACCAGGUGUAUCACAAAGACUAUCCUGGCUCAGGUAAAACCAGCACAGAACUGAUGGAGGAGGUACAGAGGCAGUACUACAGGAUACCUUAUAUACCAGACACGGCUUGGCACUUGAGGUUUGGACACUUGGUUGGUUAUGGAGCCAAGUACUAUGCCUAUUUACUCUCAGGAGCUGUGGCCGCAAGUAUUUGGCAGAAAUGCUUCAAACAGGAUCCGUUCAACAGGGAAAUGGGUGAGCAGUACAGGAUUAAGAUGUUGUCACAUGGAGGAGGAAAGCACCCAACACUACUGGUUCAGGACAUGCUGGGUGAAGCACCAACUAUUGAAAAAUUAAUACAGUCUUUGACAGUGAACUGAAGAGGUAGCAUCAUAGGGAGAUAACUGACUAGAGGAUGUGUGUUGUAUCCACCUUCCAUGCACAGGUCAACAUUCUUGAAUAAGUUAUUCAAGGUGCAAUCUACAACAUGCACCACUAGAGAGUAGCUGUGGUCAGAGUGUCACCAAGUUGCCUUUGAAAUUGAAGUGUGAACCUGCUAUCUACAGCUUGUACAACAGCAACGUUUUAAAGUAUCGGUAACAUUUUAUACUUUGAAACAAUUUCUGCAGAUGGAAAUACCUUUCUUUCUGAUAUUUACGUGUAAUAUAGUGAAGAAGCCACUGAGAGGUUGUCAUACAUGUAUAGGCUGGAGAUAGGAAACAGCACCCAGCCCCUGAGUGCCCACGAGAUAUCCUGACAACCCUGAGAAUAAUGUUGUCACCCUGCUGGGGUGACUGGGAGACAACUGCGUAUAAAACACAAGCAAAGUCUUCUCAAGCCCUCAACCAUAAUCUACAGGUAACAACAUGUAAUGGCUAUUGUUAUUGGUGUAGAGGCAAAUUCACCACAGUUAAAGCAGUUUGAUGAAGAGGCAAGGGCUGGUGGUACCAAGACAUUUCUGAAUUAAGUCAAAAUUAAAAACCUUUUCACAAAAAAACAAAAGCACUGUUUUUUUUUGGCAAUGGAAGUUAAAAUUUACAUACAGUUGUUUUAUUAAAUGACAUUAGUUAGGUGGUCAAUAUUUUAGAUACAAAAGCCCAAAAAUAAACCUUGAAGUUGUAUUUCAAUGGCCAAGGAUUACUUUAUGUGAAGAUAAAUAUGCUUAGCAUAUGAAUAGCAAACAGCAUUAUCGCAGACUGAUUUCUGGGCUACACAGAUGAAGAAUGUCUUACUAGAUCAUAUUGCAGAGUGACCAAAUGUCUGCCUAGUCCGCCUGUAUUUGUUUGAUUUAUUUGAUU